CGUAUCGGGAGCAGAGAGGUAGCAAUGACGGGAGUGGGUUGGCUCUUAGUGGGGAAAUGCAGGAGCCGCCUUUUUCCAAGCCUCGUCAGCAUCCCAUGCCUCCGUGGAAGACAGCUGCUCCUGUGCCUGUAGGGACAUAAUGUCACCAGAGUACUCGCGGUUUCAAGCUGGCGAGGUCGCCUAAGGUCCUGCUAGGCCGAGCUGCUCGAUCAUCCCGUGAGCUGAACGAGAACUCCGGCAGGGGUAAUACCCCCAUGCGUCGCACUAAUCGCAGGACAUGGGAUGAUGGGGAUAUGCAGGAUCACUAUGCCCAACACCAACAUCAAGACAUUGGGGCGUCUGACUCCCCCGACAUUACCUUGGAUGCGACGGCAGAGCAGCUGCUUGUUGAGCGUAAGGCCAAGAAAUUCGCACCUGUUGAAGUCCGCCUUGGAAUGUUGAUCUUGGAUGAAUCAGACGAUGAUGUCACCCCACCAAUUCUCACAAGUAUCAGGAAGGGAAAAAGAGGGGUCGAAAGCCGGUGAAAUUGGGGGAGGCAAAGCUGGCAGUUGAAACUUCUCGGAAGCAAGCUGCUCCCCGCCUGGCUAGCAAGAAAGCGACUGUUGCUCA